CCCGUGGGCAGGAUGGGACGUUCAAACGUUCAACUCUCGGGUAGGAAGAGCAGUGCACCAGAGAAGCAAAAAAAAAAAGUUCACGCAUAGUCUUUGGAGUAUGAACAAGUCCACUUUAACGCUUCUCCUCUUGUUUCUUGGUUGUCUUGUUUGUGAGGGAGGUAACCUUUGCUGCUCAGAGCCAUGCCAGAACAGGGGUGUUUGCACAGCCCUCGGAUCUGACGCUUAUGAAUGUGACUGCACACGUACUGGCUAUUACGGCCCAAACUGCACAACACCUGAAUUUCUCACGUGGAUAAAAGUGCUCUUGAAGCCCACACCCAACACAGUCCACUAUCUUCUCACCCACUUCAAGGGCUUCUGGAACAUCAUCAACAACAUCUCGUUUCUCAGAAAUGCCAUCAUGAAAUAUGUGCUGACAUCUCGCUCCCACAUGAUCGACAGCCCCCCAACCUACAAUGCGGAUUAUCAUUACAAAAACUGGGAAGCAUAUUCCAACCUUUCCUACUACACGAGAGCCCUCCCUCCAGUGCAACAGGAUUGUCCAACACCUAUGGGAGUAGUUGGUAAAAAGGAGCUUCCCGAUGUGAAGCUCCUUGCAGAGAAGCUACUGACGAGAAGGAAAUUCAUCCCUGACCCACAGGGCACCAGCCUUAUGUUUGCAUUUUUUGCACAGCACUUUACACACCAGUUCUUUAAAACGGACAUGAAGAGAGGUCCUGCCUUCACAAUGGCAAAAGGGCAUGGGGUGGACCUCAGUCACGUUUAUGGAGACAGCCUGGAGAAGCAACACAAACUGAGGCUCUUCAAAGACGGCAAACUUAGAUAUCAGAUGCUGGAUGGGGAGAUGUACCCUCCGACAGUAAAAGAUGUAGGCGUUGAUAUGCACUACCCCCCUCACGUCCCUCACGCUCAUCGCUUUGCUGUGGGCCAUGAGGCUUUUGGCUUGGUCCCUGGUCUCAUGAUGUAUGCCACCAUUUGGCUCCGGGAACACAAUCGAGUGUGCAAUGUCUUGAAGCAAGUCCAUCCUUAUUGGGAUGACGAAAGACUCUUUCAGACUUCGCGACUCAUUCUGAUUGGGGAAACCAUCAAGAUUGUGAUUGAGGACUACGUCCAGCACCUGAGUGGCUAUAACUUCAAGCUCAAAUUUGAUCCCGAGCUGCUCUUCAGCCAGCGUUUCCAGUACCAGAACCGCAUUGCAUCUGAGUUCAACACCUUAUACCACUGGCACCCUCUGAUGCCCGACUCCUUCCACAUCGAGGAGAAAAACUACAACUAUAAAGAGUUUGUCUUCAACACCUCUGUAGUGACUGAGCACGGUAUUGCCAGCCUGGUGGAGUCCUUCAGCAAACAGAUAGCUGGGCGGGUUGCUGGUGGUCGGAAUGUCCCAGGACCAAUUAUGUAUGUGGCUAUUAAGUCCAUAGAGGCCAGCAGACAAAUGCGUUACCAGCCUUUGAACGCCUACAGGAAAAGAUUCUCGAUGGCUCCGUACAAGUCUUUUGAAGAUUUGACAGGUGAAAAAGAAAUGGCAGCAGUGCUUGAAGAGAUGUAUGGAGAUAUCGAUGCUGUAGAGCUCUACCCAGGCCUACUUGUGGAAAAACCCAGACCCAAUGCCAUCUUUGGGGAGACCAUGGUGGAGAUGGGAGCCCCUUUCUCACUCAAAGGCUUGAUGGGAAACCCCAUCUGCUCUCCAGAAUACUGGAAGCCCAGCACCUUUGGAGGCAGUGUAGGAUUUGACAUUGUCAAUACAGCAUCUCUGCAGAAGCUUGUGUGCAAUAAUGUGCAGGGGCCUUGUCCAGUGGCGUCAUUUCAUGUGCCUGACAUCGAUGAUGCAGGCUCCAUCGUCAUCAACUCCAGCACAUCCCCCUCACGCAGUGGUGACAUGAACCCGACAGUCAUUUUGAAAAAAAGGACUAGUGAGCUCUAAAGGGUUUUUGUAUGACAUGGAACUAUUUAUUUAUUUAUUUUUUCAACAUUAUUUAUACUAUUUAUAAUAGAAGACAUUUUAUGUAAGCAGACAUUUUAAUGGCAUUUUCUAUGUUGUUGUACGUCUAUAUUUAUGUAUUAAAGGAGCGUGUAUAAAUUAUUGUAAAAUGAAAGACCUCAAGGACUGCAACCUGAUACUUGAAAGCUAGUUUACAAUUCCAUCGUAGUGUACGUUUUUUGUUUGUUUGUUUGUUUUUGCCGUGUUUUAAGACGGAGAGCUGCUUGUCUUCCACUUGUGAUCAUGCAUUGUUUUUGUUUUACUGUGACAUAAUACAUGUUACUUAAUAAGAUCUGGACCACUACGAUAGACAGUAAACUAGUGGCACUUUAAUGGUAACAUUCACAGUGGCUCACAUGAUUGUGAUAAGAGUAAAGUAUUUCUGGUCAUUAAAUUAUAUUUCUGAUACA